GCCAUUAUAUUUAAAUAAUCCCAUACCUCAAACGAGGUUAAGAAAAAACCGCAUUGUAUAUCAUAUUGUUAUUAUUUAUCUACAGAAUGUCUAUGGUUGUUAAAAAAUCAGAUUGAAUAUCUCUUCCAUUUUCGCGCAAUGGAGAGAUAUACACGACGGUGGGAUGAAAAACUAAAUCGUGAUAAAUAUUUGGACGAUUUGUUAUCACUUGCCAGUCACUAAUUCGCGGUGCACAGCAGAAUGAGUGUUCGUACGAAAAAAAUAUUCCUCUGCGUGUUCCUGACGAUUUUGGGUGUUGUCUAUUUAUGCACAAACCGGAGCACGAAUGACAAAGAUGUGUCCCUGAAGCAGCUCUUAGCCGCCGCGAUAAGGGCGGCAGAACUCGGAGGAUUCGAAGUGGUGGCGGUGCACGAUCAAAUUAAAUUCAAAGUCGAGAGUAAAGGUCAAACGAAGGAAGGAGUAAAUGAUCCAGUAACAGCAGCUGACUAUAAAUCACACUGUGCCAUGUAUCGUUCAUUAACAGAAGCAUUCCCAGGAAUUACUGUGAUAUCUGAGGAAACUUCGCAAGAUUGUGAUAAGGUUGCAAUAGAAGAUAUUAAGAAUUCCGCUAAAAGUAUCGAUGGUUAUGAUAUGAGCGAUGAUAUUGUAAAUACCAAGGAUAUUACUAUCUGGAUAGAUCCUCUUGAUGCUACCAAAGAAUUUACAGAGAACCUAUUGCAAUAUGUAACUACUAUGGUAUGCAUAGCUGUUAAAGGACAACCCAUUAUCGGUGUUAUAUACAAACCUUUUGAGACAAAGCAGAAUUACAGUUUAUUCUGGACAUGGACUAAUCACGGUGCAUCAAAGAACUUGAAAAAUUUGCCCAAGACAAGAGAUAAUAGGAUACCUAUCCUAAUUGUAUCCCGUUCACACGCUGGACAAGUCAAUAACGUAUCUAAAGUUGCUUUUGGUAAUAAUGUUGAAAUUAUAUCCGCUGCUGGUGCAGGAUAUAAAUUCUUGGAAGUAGCUGUUGAUAACGCGACAGCAUACGUUCAUACAACCGCUAUUAAGAAAUGGGACAUAUGUGCAGGCACUGCAAUUCUUAGAGCUUUAGGGGGAACAGUAACACAGUUGUACGACCAACAACCAAUUUACUUCGGAGCUAAUGACCCUAAGGUACUUACAAAGGGUCUGCUGGCAACUAUGAGUAAUCAUGCGUUGUAUUCGGACAAAUUUUUACACGAAUUUCAAUCCAACUUCCAUUAGAAUUUUUAUCAGAUAUUAAUUCAUGUGAAAUGAAAAAAUCGUAAAUAGAAUAUUUUUUUUAUAACGUGAUAAAAAAAUACUACAUAUCUUCGUACAACCAUCAUUCAAAAUUCUGAGAAAUAGAUUUCUCGUAAUUGUGUAAAGCAGAGCUGUGUAACUUUCGACAUAACGCGAGCGAAUAUCAUGUAAUAAGAAUAAUGUAAUAAAAACACACGAUGCGUGGAUUAACUCUUUCGCUGCUGCUCACUCUAAGCAAAAGUGCUUGUCGUAUACGACACGAUAUUCGAUUAAUUACACAACACCGAGGAGGAAUAAUAUAAUGAAGAAAAUUCUAACCGAAUUUUCAAACGACGUGCCGUGUAAAUACAACGUCCGACGAGCGAUUUUCUACGACGUAUAUACGUGUAUACAUGGCAAUUAGGAAGCUACUUUUCGGCAGUGUGUAUAUAUACGUCAUACGAGCAGUGAAAGAGUUAAUAGGAGAAAUGUAAUAUGUAGUAUGUAUCACAAGUCAAGUUAGAGCUAAGUUUGGUUGUCACUCGCGAAGGCCUAGUUAGACAGCUUGGAUUAAUCAUUUUUGUUCUUUAUACAAUAAACAAUACAACAGCCAUUCAUAUUUGUAUGUAACCACCAAUUUGUUUUACAAACAGCUCCGGACACAAGAAAAAACAAGAAAUCUAGAUAUGAACAUACAACAUGUGUGCGAUGAAAAGCGAUGUUAUAUAAAUUGAUUUGUGCAAUGA